GGGGGUAACAUGGCAAAAAGCAUUGCACUGUGCCUUUUACUGCUGGCACUUUCUGAUGUGUCCAGAAGCCAGGGCAGACGAAGGAAGGGUCAGAGAGCCAACAACCUCAUCGUCAGAGAUGAAGGACUUAGUAUGAUAUGCUCGAUGAACAUUGCGUUCAUCCUGGACAGCUCUGAGAGCGCUAAAACGUUCCUUUUUGAGAGGCAGAAGGAGUUUGUACUCAGCAUCAGCAGCCGAAUCAUGCAGAUGCAGCUGGAGGGCUGGAAGCUGAGGAUCAGGCUGGCUGCCCUGCAGUACAGCAGCACAGUCUCAGUGGAGCACAACUUCCUGGACUGGCAGGACCUGGAUGUCUUCCAGAGCCGGGUCAACGGCAUGGCCUACAUCGGCCACGGCACCUACUCAUCCUACGCUAUCACCAACGCCACACAGCUCUUCCUCCAGGAGACCAAGCCCGACAGCGUGAGGGUGGCUCUGCUCAUGACGGACGGGGUUGACCAUCCUCGGAACCCCAACGUCAUUGGCCCCGCUGCCGAAGCCAAGAGUUACGACAUUAAGCUGUUCGCUAUUGGGCUGUCGGACCUGGCGCGAGAAAGCCCAAACAGCGCCAAGCUUAGGUCCAUUGCCAGCAGCCCACACCAGCAGUAUGUUCUCAGUCUGACAGACAGUCUGCUGGAGGAGAAGCUCCUCAGAGAGCUGAGUAUCAUCGCCAGGGAUGGAUGUUCACAGCCAAAUGGAUGUCUGUGUGAAAAAGGAGAGAGGGGUUUUCCCGGUCUCCCAGGAAAAAAAGGAGAUCCAGGAUAUGAAGGAGCCCAAGGCCCAAAAGGAUCUAAGGGCGAACCUGGUGUCAAUGGCCGUCCAGGAAAUGAGGGUAUCGAGGGAAGGCCUGGUUUUAAAGGUGAAAAGGGGGAGAGAGGUGAAUGUGGUGCCCCUGGGGUCAAAGGAGACAAAGGUCUUGAGGGGCCUCCAGGGCCACAAGGAUUCAGAGGAGAGCAGGGUCAAACAGGACCGUCUGGAGAUCAAGGUCCAGAGGGACAGCCAGGACCCAAAGGAGACCGUGGACCAACUGGAGCAUCUGGGCCGCCUGGUGACAUUGGCAUCGGAUUCCCUGGCCCAAAGGGGGAUAAAGGCAACCAGGGAAGGCUUGGACCCAUUGGUCCCCCUGGAGUUGGGGAACCUGGCGCGACAGGUCCUCCAGGGCCUCCAGGAGCACAGGGAGAUCCAGGGGCCGCAGGAGAGGGUCUGCCAGGGGCCAAGGGCGAUCGAGGAUUCGAUGGCCCCAGGGGCGCACGUGGACCUCCAGGUGUGGGAUUGAAGGGUGAGAAGGGAAAUUCGGGACCUCCGGGAUUGCCAGGACCUGUAGGGUUUCCAGGAGCAGGGAUUCAAGGAGAAAAGGGGGAUCAAGGCCUAGUCGGCCCCCCAGGUGCCAGAGGGCCACCAGGGGUGGGAUUACUUGGCCCAAAGGGGAACCAGGGUUUUCCAGGAGAACCAGGUCCCCAAGGGGAGAGAGGAGUUGGAGAGCCAGGGCCCAAAGGUGACCCUGGAGCAGAGGGGUCAUCUGGACUUCCUGGUAUCCCAGGAGAAGAUGGCAGUGUGGGGCCCAAGGGUGAAACAGGGUUACCCGGUCCCCGGGGUCCAGAAGGUGCUCCUGGAAAAGGUGUCCCAGGAGAGAAGGGGGACCAAGGUGACAGAGGACCCAGGGGACUUGCCGGAUCUGUAGGACCUAUGGGGCCAACAGGGUCAAAGGGAGAACCAGGAAGUAUUGGGCCCAUUGGAGCACCUGGACCACCUGGGCGGGGUAUACCUGGUGCCAAGGGAGACCUCGGUCCCGUUGGGCCAGCUGGACCAGUGGGAGAACCAGGAAUUGGGAUUGCUGGACCUAAGGGUGAAAGGGGAUUACCUGGACCCAUUGGACCACCUGGGGUGAAAGGGGAUGGCUUCCCUGGUGCACCGGGGCCCCCAGGGCUACCAGGACUACCAGGAGAACUGGGACCUGAAGGAAAAGGAUUACCUGGACCAAAGGGCGAUCGGGGUUCUACAGGCAGUCCUGGACCUCCUGGACCACCAGGAAUUGGACAGAUGGGUCCCAAGGGCUCUACUGGCCAGAGUGGCCCACCUGGUCCACCGGGUUCACCUGGAGAAGGUAUUCAGGGGCAGAAGGGUGAGUCUGGAUUUCAGGGGCUCCCAGGACCCAGGGGGCCCCCAGGAGAGGGCCUUCUUGGUGAAAAGGGAGAGAGAGGACUCCCUGGUGACCGUGGUCGAAAGGGGGAAAAAGGAGAACUUGGAGAACCAGGAGCAAUGGGACCCAUGGGCAGACUUGGACAAAAAGGAGAACCUGGCUUAACGAGAGAAGAAGUUAUCAAAAUAAUCAGAGCAAUCUGUGGUUGCGGUGUGAAAUGUCGGGAGAGCCCGCUGGAGCUCGUCUUCGUCAUUGACAGUUCAGAAAGCGUGGGGCCUGAAAACUUCAACAUGGUGAAAGAUUUUGUGAACACCCUGAUUGACCGUGUGUCAGUGAGCCGGGAGGCAACCCGUAUAGGCGUCGUCCUCUACAGUCACAUCAAUGUGCUGGUCUCCAGCCUGCAGCAGCAGUCCAGCCGUGAUGACAUCAAGGCUGCCGUUCGGAGGAUGCCAUACCUGGGCGAGGGCACCUUCACGGGCAGCGCCAUACAACUUGCCAACCAGAUCUUCCAGGCCGCACGCCCUGGGGUACGGAAGGUUGAGAUUGUCAUUACAGACGGACAGGCCGACAAGCGAGACUUAGUGAGGCUGGAGGACGUCGUGAAGGAAGCCCACGACUCCAAUAUUGAGAUGUUCGUGAUCGGGGUGGUCAAUAAGAGUGACCCUUUUUACUUGGAUUUUAAAAACGAGCUGAACACCAUUGCCUCUGAUCCCAAUGAAGAGCAUGUCUACCUGAUUGAGGACUUCAUGACACUUCCAGCCCUGGAGGGUAAACUGCUGAGUCGGAUCUGUGAGAGUGAAGAGAUGCCCCUGUUCAGCUCAGUGCCCAGCUCACCGCUCCCCCCAGGCAUUGUCCCUGACUUCGAGCCUCCCCCGGAGAUAGCAGAGAGGACAGACACCCCCAUUUUCAAUGGCGAUUACAACAGGAUAUACAAAGAGCCAGGACCUCCGGGAGAGCCAGAGCGCCCAACUUUCCCAAAAACCGUGAAGCCGAGCAAGACCAACAACAACCACAAGAGAAAUGUUACCAGAAUAGUAUCUUUUGAUGGAGAACCACUCAAUGGCCUAACAGAUCUGUACCCACCAUCGCCAAAUAAUAAUAACCGCAGGAAUCAUCGCCCCCCCAGUAUUUCGGUGCCGGGUCCUCAGUUCCCCACAAAGCGGCUUUUCACCCCGGAGGCAACCCUGCCACCACCUACCCCGCCGCCUCUACCCGUGGUGGAGAAUAAAUAUGAUCCAGGCUGCAAACAGGCUUUGGACCCAGGUCCCUGUCGACAGUAUGUGGUGAAAUGGUACUACGACUCCACAGCAAACGCGUGUGCCCAGUUCUGGUUUGGUGGUUGCGAGGGAAACAGAAACCGGUUUGACACUGAGGACAACUGCAGGAAAACCUGCGUUAGAAUAUAAAG